GCCGAUGGAUUGAAAAUUAAACAAGUCAAAGAAGAAUUCACAGACAAUCUGUGCAGGGGAAUGAUUUGAAUUCUCCUUUUUUUUUUGUUGACGCAAUUUAUGGAAGGACCUCAAUAAAAAUGGCCCAAAUCAGGGCGGCUAUGGGAGCGCCACUCAAAAGUUGGUCUCCCACCAUAUGGUCGAAGGCAGCAAUCCCACAGAAGCAAUCGCACGCCCCGAUAUUCUUCUUCCCCACCGCAAUCUUUCUCCGGUCGCCGCCUCGCUGCACUCUUGCAACCAUGAGCACCGACGGAGAAUCAAACUCGAGCUCCGGCGCCGCCGAUGUCGACGCGAUCUUCGCCCAGAAAAAGGCUCUUCGUUCCAAACUCAAAAGAGAUCUCAAGUCUAUGGAUUCUUCUCUAAGGUCCCAAGAAGAUGAACAAAUACAGAAUGUAGUUUUGCAAGCUCCAUGGUUUAAAGAUUGUAAAAGCCUCUGUGCUUACAUUAGCUGUAGUACCCUUCGAGAAGUUGAUACUUCAGUUAUUCUUGCCAGAAUUCUCCAGACGCAAUCCAAAGAUGAAAAGAAGCUCUAUGUUCCACGCGUGGAGGAUAUGAAUCGAAACAUGCGAAUGUUGAACAUCUCGAGCACUAAGGACUUGAUUGCUAAUUCAAUGAACAUUUUAGAACCGUGCCUGGUUGAUUCUGAGGGAAAUGAACGCGAAGAUGUGUUGUUGGCCAAUGAACCUGUUGACUUGUUUCUUUUACCUGGACUUGGAUUCGAUAACUUUGGAAGGCGUUUGGGCCGUGGCGGAGGCUACUACGACACUUUCUUGACAAAAUAUCAAGAGCUCGCCAAGGAGCGAAAGUGGAAGCAGCCUCUCAAGAUAGCUCUAUCAUACUCUGUGCAGAUAGUGGAUAACAUACCAGUUACUCCAGAUGAUGUUCUUGUGGAUGCACUAAUAACACCCUCUGGAGUUCUUCCUAUCAGUCAAACUGCACAGCAAUUUUGCCUUUAAAUAAAACACUUUUCUUUUAUCUGCUUUGGCAUUUAAACCAGAAACCUGUGGUCCUGAAUAAAUUGGUGUCAUGUUAUCCCAUAUACCUGUAACCUUCCAUUGCAUAACCUUAUGAUCACAGCAUUAAAUGCACUCAUUACACUGUAAUAAUACUAUGCUUUUAGC